AGAAAAAAGAGAGUCUCCGUUCAAACUGUGCAGAAGAGGAAACAAGAGGGCCGAAGGGUCCUGAGCGGCUUUCUGUCGGAAUUUGGCGCAGUGCAGAGUCUGGAAAGAGCGGAUCAAUCCGUGCGCAAAGUUUGAAAUCUUCUUGUGAGGCGAGCCGUGGAGCGCGGAGAGUUUCUCUGAACGGGAGGAUGUCAACUUCAGACGACGUAGACGGGCAGCGGCCGAGAUAUGGCUCCGUCCUGGAUGGCGUGGAGCGGCUCACGGCGGAGGAGAUGGACGAGCGGCGGCAGCAGAACAUGGCCUACGAAUAUCUGUGUCACCUGGAGGAAGCCAAAAGAUGGAUGGAGGCCUGUCUGGACGAGGAGUUGCCCCCGACAACGGAGCUGGAGGAGGGGCUGAGAAAUGGCGUCUAUCUGGCCAAACUGGGCAACUUCUUUGCCCCGCAGACGGUUUCCCUCAAGAAGAUCUACGAUCGUGAGCAGACGCGCUACAAGGCGACCGGCCUCCAUUUCAGACACACAGACAACGUCAUCCAGUGGCUCAACGCCAUGGCAGAAAAGGGACUGCCAAAGAUCUUCUACCCAGAAACCACAGACAUAUACGACCGAAAGAACAUGCCGCGCUGCGUCUACUGUAUCCACGCUCUCAGUCUGUACUUGUUCAAGCUGGGUUUGGCUCCACAGAUCCAGGAUCUUUAUGGAAAAGUAGCAUUCACGGAGGAGGAAAUCAACAACAUGAAGAACGAGCUGGAGAAGUACGGGAUCCAGAUGCCCGCCUUCAGCAAGAUCGGAGGGAUUCUGGCCAGUGAGCUGUCGGUGGACGAAGCUGCAUUGCACGCUGCAGUGAUCGCCAUCAACGAGGCCAUCGACCAGGGAGUCCCAGAGGGAACCCUGGCCGCCAUGCAGAACCCCAACGCCAUGCUGCUCAACCUGGACCCGGUCUCGGCCCAGAAGUACCACGACACGCUCUACCAAGCCAAGGGGGAGAAGGUGGCCAACUCACGAAAACGACAACUGGAGAACGCCGAAGCAGAGCGAGACAUUUACGACGAGCUUCUGACUCAGGCAGAAAUCCAGGGCAACAUCAACAUGGUCAACGUGAGCAAUGCCCUGAGUGCGGCAGAGCAGGCUCUGGUUGGAGGAGACGAGGAUAAGUUGUACGAGGCUCUGAAGGCCGUCGGAGUCCAGAACCUGCAGCCUGAGAACAAAGGCUGGUACCUGAAGCAGCUGCAGGGCGAGAGGGAGAACAAAGAGCAGGUGUCUCCUGGACAACCUCUGACGAAGGAUGAGCUGCAGAGCGGCGUGGACGUGGCGAACGAGAUCGCCGCCGGAUACCUGAAGAUGCUGAAGGCGGUGGAGCGCAUCAACGCCGCCAUCAGAGCGGGCGUGCCGGAGAAGACGGUGGAGGAGCUGAUGAACCCGGACGCCCAGCUGCCCGAGGUUCACCCCGGCGCCGCCGACCUCUACCAGAAGGAGCUGGCCUGUCUGCAGCAGCAGAGCGCCGAGGGCUCCCUGACCCACCCUGAGCUGCUGGUUGCCGUGGAGAUGCUGUCCGCCGUGGUUCUGAUGAACGAGGCGCUGGAGGUGGGAGACCGGGCCGCCCUGUGGAGGCAGCUGGCCAGCUCCGUCACCGGGCUCAGCAAUGUGGAGGAGGAGUACGCACAGAGGUACAUGGACGAGCUGAUGCGCCUGAAAGCUGCAGCCAAAGAGGAGGGGAGCAAAUAUCUGACCUGGAACGACAUCCAGGCCUGCAUCGACCAGGUCAACCUGGCCGUGCAGGAGGAGCACGAACGAAUUGCUGCCAUUGGACAGAUCAACGAGGCGCUGGACGAAGGCGACCCCAUGAAGACCCUGGACAUGCUGCAGAACCCGUCCGCCAAACUCACAGAUGUGGACCCGUCCAUCGCUCAGCACUACCAUGACAAGCUGCUGGAGGCCCGCAGAGAGAAGGCUCAUGAAACUCAGGAUCCAUCCGCCGUGCUGUGGCUGGAUGAGAUCCAGGACGCCAUCUUGAAGGCAAACCAAGACACAAAGGAGGCCUUGCUCUUCUCCCAGUCCAUCCAGGCCGUUAACGAGGCGGUGGAUACUGGAGAUUCAGCUCAGACUCUGGCUGCUCUGCGCAGCCCAGGAGCCGGUCUGUACGGCGUCACCGCAGAGUGCGCACCGACCUAUCAGGAUGACUUGGCCAAGAUUAAAGAGGAGAAGAAGAACGAAGGUGAUAAUGGCAGCGAGUGGGUCAAACACUGGGUGAAGGGUGGACACAACUACUACUACAACCUGCAGACCAAGGAGGGCACAUGGGUGGAGCCCGAAGGCUUCCAGCCAAACAACACGCAGAUCAACAAGGAGGAGAUCCAGGGAGUCGUUUCGGGGGUAACUACUGCCUACAACCGGGAGCAGCUCUGGCUCGCUAACGAGACUCUAAUCGCAAAGCUUCAAGCUCGAUGUCGCGGCUACCUGGUGAGAAACGGCCUGAAAGAGCGGAUGAACUUCCUGAAGUCUCAGGACCCGGCUGUGAUGCGCAUCCAGGCUCACUGGAAAGGCUACAAACAGAGGAAGGCAUUCCUGGACCGCAAGCAGUACCUGAAAGAUCACACCGACGAAGCCAUUAAGAUUCAGUCCAUGGUCCGAAUGCAUCAAGCUCGUAAGAAGUAUAAAGAUCGUCUGAAGUACUUUGAAGAUCAUAUUGAUGAUGUGGUGAAGAUCCAGGCAUUCAUCAGAGCCAACAAGGCGAGAGAUGACUACAAGACUCUGAUCAAUGCUGAAAAUCCCCCAAUGGCGGUGGUGAGGAAGUUUGUCCACCUGCUGGAUCACAGCGACCAGGACUUCCAGGAGGAGCUGGAGCUGAUGCGGCUCCGUGAGGAGGUGGUCACAAACAUCCGCUCCAACCAGCAGCUGGAGAACGACUUGAACCUGAUGGACAUCAAGAUCGGCCUGCUGGUGAAGAACAAGAUCACCCUUCAGGAGGUGGUGUCCCACAGCAAGAAGCUGACCAAGAAGAAUAAGGGCCAGUUGUCCGACAUGAUGAUGAUGAACAAGCAGAGGGGGGGCCUGAAGGCUCUCAGCAAGGAGAAGAGAGUCAAGCUUGAGGCCUAUCAGCAUCUCUUUUACCUUUUACAGACCAACCCGACAUAUUUGGCCAAGUUGAUCUUCCAGAUGCCACAGAAUAAAUCUACAAAGUUCAUGGACUCUGUCAUCUUCACCCUGUAUAACUACGCCUCAAACCAGAGGGAGGAGUACCUGCUCCUGAAGCUCUUCAAAACUGCUCUGCAGGAGGAGAUUAAGUCAAAAGUGGACCAGAUGAAGGAGAUUGUAACCGGAAAUCCAACAGUAAUCAAGAUGGUGGUGAGCUUCCACAGAGGCGCACGAGGACAGAACGCACUGAGGCAGAUCCUGGCACCUGUGGUCAAAGAGAUUAUGGACGACAAAACGCUAAACAUCAAGACGGACCCAGUGGACAUCUACAAAGGCUGGGUGAACCAGAUGGAGUCGCAGACUGGAGAAGCGAGUAAGCUGCCUUAUGACGUCACUCCAGAACAAGCCAUGACUCAUGAGGAGGUUAGGACGAGACUGGAGGCCUCCAUCAAGCACAUGAAGAGCAUCACUGAUAAAUUCCUGUCAGCGAUAAUUGUCUCUGUGGAUAAAAUUCCAUAUGGAAUGCGGUUCAUCUCCAAGGUGCUAAAAGACACUCUACAAGAGAAGUUCCCAGAUUCUACGGAGGAUGAGCUGCUCAAGAUCGUGGGGAACCUUUUGUAUUACCGCUACAUGAACCCUGCUAUUGUAGCACCUGAUGCCUUCGACAUUAUUGAGGUGUCUGCUGGUGGUCAGCUUACCACUGAGCAAAGAAGGAACCUGGGUUCUGUGGCCAAGAUGCUUCAGCACGCUGCGUCCAACAAGAUGUUCCUGGGAGACAACGCUCACCUCAACCCCAUCAACGAAUAUCUCAGCUCCUCCCACCAGAAGUUCAGGCGUUUCUUUUUGUCUGCAUGUGACGUUCCCUCACUUGAAGAUAAAUUCAAUGUGGACCAGUACUCAGACUUGGUCACGGUCACCAAACCUGUCAUCUACAUCUCCAUUGGAGAGAUCAUAAACACUCACACUCUGCUGCUGGAUCACCAGGACGCCAUUGCACCUGAACACAAUGACCCCAUCCAUGAGCUGCUCACGGACCUGGGGGACGUUCCCACUGUGGAGUCUCUUAUUGGUGAAAAUCCCCUUCCUCCAGACGAUCCCAACAAAGAGCUGAUGGGAAAGACGGAGGUCUCACUCACGCUCACCAACAAGUUUGACGUUCCUGGUGAGGCCAAUACAGAGAUGGACGCCAAGACUCUCCUGCUCAACACCAAGAGGCUGAUUGUGGAUGUCAUCCGGUUCCAGCCUGGAGAGACUCUGACUGAGAUCCUGGAUUCAACAGCGUCUCCAGAGCAGGAAGCGGAGUACCAGCGCGCUAUGCAGAGGAGAGCCAUCAGGGAUGCAAAGACCCCAGAGAAGAUGAAGCAGGUGAAGCCGGUGGUGGACGACAGCCUGACCCUGCAGGGCAAAAAGGACAAGAUCAAGAGCAACCUGCAGCGGCUGGCCGAGCUCGGGAAGGUCCACCCGGAGAACCGCUACCAGGACCUCAUCAAUGACAUCGCCAAGGACAUCAGGAACCAGAGACGGUAUCGGCAGCGCAGGAAAGCCGAGCUGGUGAAGCUUCAGCAGACCAACUCGGGCCUGAAUUCAAAAACCACCUUCUACAACAUGCAGAUCGAUUCCUACAACCAGUACAUCAAGACGUGCAUGGACAACCUGGCCAGCAAGGGCAAGUAAGUAGAC